UUAGGCUGCUAGGCCUCGCCUGGCAACGCGGCAGAAAGCGGGUCUCGUUGCCAAAGGAGGGGCCGAGCGCCCGAGGAAGCGGCUUGUUUCUCGGAGUCACGCCCCUCCGUUGCUAGGCGGAAGUCCACGCGACGGGGGUGGGAAAACAAAGGACCCGGAUGCCGGGAUCAUGGAGUUCCUUUUCGAUGUGAACGCGUUGUUUGGGGAGCGGAUCACGACUGUGGAUCAGCACUUGCAACCCUCCGGGCGAAGGGGCCCCGGGUCUGCUACGACCCACAGAGUCGAUCUGCAGCAGCAGCUCAUGACGAUCAUAGAUGAGAUGGGCAAGGCCUCUGCCAAGGCCCAGAAUCUGUCAACACCAAUUACCAGUGCCUCACGGAUGCAAACCAACCGCCACGUUCUCUAUAUACUGAAGGACAGUGAAGUAAAAACAACUGGGAAGGGGGUCGUGAUUGGCUUCCUGAAGGUCGGAUACAAGAAACUCUUUGUUCUGGACCGUCGCGGUGCUCACAAUGAAGUGGAACCACUAUGCGUCUUGGACUUCUACAUUCAUGAAUCUCUCCAGAGGCACGGCUAUGGCAAGGAGCUCUUCCACUAUAUGCUGCAGCGUGAGCGAGUGGAACCCCACCAGUUGGCUAUAGACCGCCCCUCAGAGAAACUCCUGUGCUUCCUACGGAAACACUACAACCUCUGUGACACAAUCCCCCAGGUGAACAACUUUGUGAUUUUCCAGGGCUUUUUCAGCCACAGGCAUGCUGCAGCAAGGAAGUUGCCUCCAAAACGACCGGAGGAAGAGAUAAAGCCUUACUCCCUGUCAGAUCGAGAGUUCCUCAAGGAAGAAGUUGAACCACCCUGGCCGUUUAACCAGUCUCACUCGCUGACCCGCUCUAGCAGUGUGGGGAACUCUCCAGUGCGGGGCUGCCUCAAACCAUACCUCAAUGAGCAGGAGCUGAUGAAGAACUUGCGCCUCUGCCCCCCGCAUUCGACUGCUCACCUCCUGAUGAAUGGAGAGCCCGGUGACCCCGCUUCACAGAGGCGGAGAACCAGCUCCCUGAACCGUUCUGAAAACAGCCAUUGAUCGCCGGUCUCUGCUGUGUCUCCCCAACUGCCGGUCCUCUCCGCCUGUGUCUUGAGAGCUAUCUAGCAGCAAGACUUGGUUUUACAUGCAACUACUUCUUUUUUAUAUGCUUUAUGGGUAGAACUGUAAGAAUGUGGGCUUAUUUAUAUAGUGUUGGUUGUAUUUUACCCUUACAUCUCGGUUUGAUUUUACUUUUUUAUGCCAUAAGGAAAGGAAUCAUUUAGUUGCACUUAGAAGCGCAGAUCCUAUUGCCUCUUUUUUAAAAUUUUAAAUUAUUAUUGAGUUCCAAAGUAAUCAGAGGUUUACCUGCAGGAAGAUUAUUGGCGGUCAAGAGAGACAUGCUAUCCUAUGUUACUGAUGAUGUGGUCCAGUGCCUAUUGCCAUAGAGACUUAACUUGAGCUCCCUCAGCGGAUCAGUCUCAGAUUCAAAAAGCCAAUCUGAAUUUUCCUCAGAUUAUCAUUUAGUUUUAGAAGAUUUCCUUUUUUUUUAAAAAAAGAGCUACAUUGAUUAGAAAUUGGUUAAUACAACAAGUCUCUUCUAUUGGUGCUUAUUUGUUUUUAGGCAUUGGAUCGAUCUCAUGUGGUAGAUUUAAUCGUCCUAUUAAAAGGAAACCUUUGAUAAAUAGGUUACUAUUACAUUUUUACCAUUGGGAGGGGGGAAUGUUGAUUGUUUAUCUUCAGUACCAAAAUGUCUUUCUGGUUUUGAAGGGUUUCAGAAACAAGUUUGACCAGAGGCAACAUGUUGGGCAGAAGAAAUACUCCCUAAAGUAAAAAUGCCUGUCAUCCUACCAAAAAUCUCACAAAAACUGUUUCCAGACUUGGAUGGCCUAAGGUAACCAGGGGUAAGGUGUGAGUAAAUAGCAUCUCUUUGGCUUUGCCGAUAAGUAUAGAAAACAGGCCUACUGUAGACCAUUCUGUUGCUCACUGGAGGUAGAAUUAAUGGUUCUCUUCAGUUUCUUGGUUUGAGGAGGGGGAUGUGAAACAGAUAUUUGUAUAGAGUGCAAAAUAAGAUGUCUGUUGAUUUUGGUUGGUGGUCUAACGUGAGUCCAUUCAUAUCAUGCAGUUCCUAUGUGGAGUCACUCCAGACUAAGCCUACUGAACGUAAUGAACUUAUACAAGAAUAACAGUAUGUAGGAUUAAACUCUUUAUCUGCUUAUACUGGAGUCUGAAAUAGGAGAUGGAAUAGGAAUGAUGGCUUAUGGAUUUUACAUGGGUCACAAAAGGUGUGUGUGUGGGGGGGGGGAUCACAAGUUUUUUCCCCCCAAGGGUGCAAAGGAAAACAUGUUU